AUGCUUCCCGCUAGCGCUACGGCCCGGAUUUUCGCUGUCUCUCACAUCAUUUCGCUGGCCGAAUCGGUCGCUUGUGCCCCCCUUCCCCUUCUGCAGCGCGACGAGUCAGGGUCGAGCAGCGGCAGCGGGGUCUACAUCGGCGUCGCCCUUGUGCUGGCCGUCGUCCUUCCUGGCGUGUCUGCGGUGCUGUUCUGCUGUGUGAUGAGGCGGGGACGGCCCGGGAGGGUAUCCGCAAAGAGCGUCGACACGGAAGCUGGCGACGAGAAGACAGCUGCUAGCAGUGAGCUGAGUGCAGAGGCGGAAGAGUCCAUCACAGUGGCCGUGAACAGCAUAGUAUGA